AUGUCUGCCCCACACGACCUCCCCAUGGAACUUCCCAUCAUCGACCUCGACGUCUACCUCGACCAGGCUCUCGACUCGCCUCUCGUCCAGGAAGAGUGCAAAAAAGCCGCCCAGGCCCUCAUAACCUAUGGCGCUCUAGUCCUCCACGAUUCGCGUGUCUCCGAAGAUGACAACACGACGUUCCUCGACCUACUCGAAGACUACUUCGCCCAGCCUCAGGACCGGCUAAAGGAAGAUGAGCGUCCUGAGCUGGGGUUCCAAGUGGGCGUCACGCUCGAGAAUACCGAGAAACCCAAGUGCGCCGUUGACGAACCGUGCCUCGACGUCAUCCAGAGGCUAGCCGAGUCGGAGCGACCCCUGGACAUAUCUGCUCACCAGCCCGAUCCCAAGUGCCGCUUCUUCUGGCGGAUGACCGAGAAGCCGCCCUACGAGACAGAGUUCCCCGGCUUAAAUGCCGAGAAUGUCGUACCACAAGCCCAGACCAUCAAGAAUCGAUGGGAGCCUGUAAUGAACAAAUGGGGAACGUCAAUGAAGAGCGCGGUUACCGGUCUUGCAGAGAUGGCAGCCGUCGGGCUCGGCCUCCCGGCGGAAACAUUUAGCGCAGCGGGAAAGUACGGGCCUCACCUGCUAGCCCCAACCGCCUCCGACUUGGAAAAGUACGGCGAGAAGGACACGAUACUUGCAGGGUUCCACACCGACCUGAACUUCCUGACCAUCCAUGGUCGCUCGCGAUACCCCGGUCUCCACAUAUGGGCCCGCAACACCGGAAAGCGCAUUGCCGUAAAAAUUCCCCCAGGAAACUAUCUUUUAGUCCAGGCUGGAAAGCAGCUUGAGCACAUCACGGGAGGGCUCGUUAAGGCUGGAUAUCAUGAAGUUGUCGUGAACGAGAAGACUCUGGACGUUAUCGCCCAGCGCAAGGUCGACUACCCCGCACGACCUCUGGUCCGCAUCUCCUCGACCUUCUUCUGGCACCUGUCGUCUGAUUUUGAUUUGGUGCCCAUUCCGCAACUUUCUGAAAAGGCCAAGGAGAUCCGUGCCCAACAGCUUCAGAUUGGGAGAGAUGAAGGGAAGGAGGUAGAAUACCUACCAAUGAAAGUGGGCAAACAAGUUCAGAAUGAACUGAGACACAUUGCAUUGCUGGCAUGA